AUGCACGGCAUCCUGGAUGCGAAGGGCGUUGUGACAAAGCUUAAUGAGUACGAUAUUACACCAAACACAAUGUUCGUCUCAUGGAGCAGCUGGCAUUUCGACCUCUCAUUACUCAGAGAAUGGCUCGAUGCCGAGGGGCAUCAUAACGUGCUUCCCAAUAACAAACGCCUCUGUUUGCUCUCGAAGAAGUUCCGAGGCAACUUGGAACGGACCAUCGGCAAAGACUGCUUUCGCGGCUGUCACUUCCCACUCAUAUUGCCUUUCGUGUUCCCUCUCUUGUUUGGAGAAGAUCACUGUCUGACGGGGCGCAAUCACAAUGCGCUUAUAGACGCCCAACAGCUGGCCCUGAUGGCCAUUAUGUUUGUGGACCUCUGCAAGCCGCCCGAAGAGCGAGUUGUCUAG